AAUUACCGAAGCCCGUCGUCCUCCGAGGGCAACUGGGAAAGCCUCUCGACUCAGUCACCUUCGUCUGCCUGCCUGGCUGCCUCAACCAAAUCCCACUCUCCUGCCGCAAUCACAUUUUCCACCCUCGCCCAAUUCUCCAUUCUCCUCUGCUGAUAAAACUCUUGCCCCCGAUCGGCGAGGAGGAGGAAUGGGUGACGGAGCGAGCAGCAGCUGAGGCAUUCGAGGAGGUGGAAAGGAGAUAUCGAAAGAAAGAGGAGCGACAGGCGAGACGGUGCUGAUCGAUGAUGGCUGGAGACGGAACUCCUGCGGAUACUGCAGAUCCACAUUCGCUUCUAGCGUCUCCCACGGUUUAUGGGCAAAGAGUUUGACGGCGGACUACCAAGAGCUCUUGACCAUGGUUGGAGGAGAUCCGGCUGUUUUCUUUACAAACCUGAGAUGGAUAGGACGUGUUGCCCAUCUUAUACUAUUCGUCUGAAAGCCAAUACCUUCUAUCCCUCCAAAGACCAAGAUCGUGUAUGCAAAAGAAUGCAAAGGUUCUUAGAUGGUGCCACAUCAAUGGAUAAAUCUGAUAAUUCAAAACAGAAGGCUAAUCCUUGUAAGGGUUCACUCAAGCUGGUCAGCAAAGAAUCUACACCAGUAUUCACAUCAAUACCAACAAAUGAAUCUUCAUCUAGUAUGUGUGAAAAGCUGUCCAGUGAAUCUGCCAUUCUUCAUUCUUUGUCGGACAUUAUUGAUAAAUCCAUGAACAUACUUUUUGGGGAGUAUAUCUCUUCCUGUUGCUCAGCUUCUGAAAGCUAAUGUGAAGAAGGUUACAGCCCAAGCCAAAAAGAAGCUGAUGGAUAUAUCGGAAGAUUUGACAUACACUAGCAAUAUUCCAUUUAAAUAGCUGCCACCAUUAGACGUUCUCAAGCUUCAGUUGAAAUAAAUAAAUUCCAGGAGAAUUACCAGAUAUCAACCCGAAGGCUAUUGCUGAAAAGAUUUCGGGAUUAGUUUUGCAGCAAGAGGCCCCUUCUGAUCUUUUAACAAAAGCUUGCAACGGCCACCUAAAUUUCUAUUCAAUCACCAAACAGAGUUUGUAAUAUAGUAAUCUGAAACAAAAGGCGCAAGAACCUAGACGCAAUCAAGGUAACGCAAAAAGGCUAGCUACCUCUGACAAUUGCAUAAUUGUGCCCCCCAAAAUAAGAAAGCUUGAAAUCCAUUUGAAAAUAUCUAGUUUUGAUCAGGAAGAAUAUGCCCUAUACAGAAAAUAUCAGAUUAAAGUACAUGGUGAUAACCAGAAAAAGUUACAGUAAGUUCAUACAAAAGCUGUCUGGUGGACACUCCUAUCAUAUUUACUCCACCAGUUAGUGGUGACAAUACAAUUGCAUCUUCUGGAUUUGGGUCUUUCCAUCAACAAUAUUUGAUUGACGGGGAGCUUGUUGCAGUUGGUGUAUGGGCAUUCUUCCCCGUUGUUUGUCAAGCAAGUAUUUAUUUUGGGAUCCUGAUUUUACCUUUUCAUCCCUCGGAAAAUAUUCAGCUUGGCAGAAAUAAAUUGGGUUAAGGUGACUCGAAACCAGUGCCCUAGCUUCUAGUAUUAUUAUCUUGGAUAUUACGUUCACUCCUGCAGAAAAAUGUGAUACAAAGUAGCGUAUCGUCCAUCUGAACUACUCUGUCCUCUUCACUGCCAGUAAGCUUCUCUUCAAAUUUUAG